CUCCACCCAACCCAUCGGCCGUCAUGCCCUUCGGUCGCGACCCCGACUUCAUCGAGCCGGGAACGACGCUCGAGCAGCUCGAUCGGAAAUGCGCGGUUCCAGGGUCGAGGACCGCGCUGGUCGGGCUAGGCGGCGUAGGCAAAUCGCAACUCGCCAUCGAGUACGCACACCGCAGGCGAGAGCACUCGCCCAGCACGUGGGUGUUUUGGGUGCACGCGAGCAACGCGGCGCGGUUCGAGACGAGCUACCGAGAUAUUGCCGACUUUGUCAAGAUCCCUGGGCGAAAGAACCCAAAGGCCAAUAUCUUCCAGCUGGUGCACGACUGGCUGCGCGACGAGAGAAGGAGCUGGGUGCUUAUACUCGACAAUGUCGAUGAUGCUGGCUUCCUCUCCGAGCCCUGCGACGACAGAGGUUGGAGCGGCGACGGCUCGCAGCCACUCAAGGCGUAUCUCCCGCAGUGCCAGAAUGGGGCCGUCCUUGUAACGACGCGAAGCAGAAGCGCAGCGCUGGAGCUGGUCGAGCGGCGAGAUAUGAUCGCAGUCGAGCCCAUGGGCGAGGCGGACGCGGCGGCGUUGCUGGAGAAGAAGCUGGAAGGGAUCGAGAAGAGCGACGCGGUAGGCGAGCUCGCAGCUGCGCUCGAGUUUAUGCCGCUGGCCAUGGUGCAAGCCACGUCCUACAUCGCUCACCGCGCGCCGCGCUGCUCUGUGCGCCAGUACCUGGAAAAGUUUCAAGAGAGCGAUCGCAAACGGACGAGCCUUCUCGACUUCGAGAAGGGACAGCUCCGUCGAGACCGCGAUGCGAAGAACUCCAUCACCGUGACGUGGCAGAUCUCGUUUGAUCAUAUCCGGCACGUCCGGCCAUCGGCAGCCGACCUGCUGUCGCUGAUGAGCUUUUUCGAUAGGCAGGGAAUUCCAGAAGCGCUACUGCGGAGUCGAGAAGGGCAGGGCGGCGCUCCGGAGAAGCCUGGCAGCGAGACCGAGGACGUUGAUUUCGAUUCUGAUGACGACAGCGAUGACGGCGAUGAGGACAAUAAAAGUGACAGCAGCACAGAUUGCGAGGCAAGUGAGGAUGAGGAUGGGGAUGAGGAUGAUGAGUUUGAGGACGAUAUUUCCACUCUUCGAGAUUAUUCCUUUAUUGACGCCACAGCGAACAGAUCGGGUUUCGAGAUGCACAGGCUGGUUCAGCUUGCCACCCGGAAGUGGCUGGAGGCGCACGGCCUGCGGGAGAGAUGGAAGCAUCAGUUCAUUCAAAACCUCUGCUCAGCGCUUCCGACGGGAGACUACGAGAACUGGACAGCGUGCCAGGCCCUUUUCCCGCAUGCAAAAUCAGCGGCUGCGCAGAAGCCAAAAAGCCAAGAGUCGUUAGGGAUGUGGGCCACAAUCCUGUACCGAGCGGCGUGGUACGCACAGCAGAUAGGAAACGGGGCAGAGGCGGAGGAGAUGUCGGUUGCGGCACUGAAGACGAGAAAGAAACUGCUCGGCACGGAACACGAAGAUACGCUGUGGAGUAUAUCAUUAUUAGGCAAUGUGUAUAAAUGGAGUGGUAGGUGGGAAGAGGCAGAGUCGCUGUAUUUGCAAGUGAUGGAGACUCGAAAGAGCAAACUCGAAGCCGACCAUCCUGACUUGCUGACCAGCAUGGUCAACCUCGCGUCAACAUAUAGGAGACAGGGGAGAUGGGACGAGGCGGAGUUACUGCUGGUGAAAGUGAUGGAGACUCGCAAGAGCAAACUCGGAGCUGACCAUCCUGACACGCUGGUCAGCAUGGCCAAGCUGGCGUUGACGUAUCGCAAUCAGAGGAGAUGGGAGGAGGCGGAGUCGCUGGACGUGCAAGUAAUGGAGACGAGCAAGAGCAAGCUCGGAGCCGACCAUCCAUCCACGCUGUUCAGCAUGAACAACCUGGCGUUAACGUAUUAUGAUCAAGGGAGAUGGGAAGAGGCGGAGUCACUGUUUGUGCAAGUGAUGGAGACUACCAAGAGCAAACUUGGAGCUGGCCAUCCUCACACAUUGACCAUCAUAGGCAAUCUGGCGGCUACGUACAGUGAUCAGGGGAGAUGGGACGAGGCGGAGUCGCUGGAGGUGCAAGUGAUGGAGACUCGCAAGAGCAAGCUUGGAGCCGACCAUCCAUCCACGCUAACUUGCAUGGACAACCUGGCGUCGACGUACAGGAAUCAAGGGAAAUGGGACAAGGCGGAGUUGCUGGAGGUGCAAGUGAUGGAGACUCGCAAGAGCAAGCUCGGAGCCGACCAUCCAUCCACGCUGAUCAGCAUGGACAACCUGGCAUUGACGUACAGGAAGCAGGGGAGAUGGGAAGAGGCGGAGUCGCUAUUUGUGCAAGUGAUGGAGACUCGCAAGAGCAAGCUUGGAGCCGACCAUCUUGGCACGCUGACCAGCAUGGACAACCUGGCAUGGACGUACAGUGAUCAAGAGAGAUGGGAAGAGGCGGAGUCGCUUGAUCAAGAGAGAUGGGAAGAGGCGGAGUCGCUGUUUGUGCAAGUGAUGGAGAUGAGCAAGAGUAAGCUUGGAGCCGACCAUCCUGACACGCUGGCCAGCAUGGACAACCUGGCAUGGACGUACAGUGAUCAAGAGAGAUGGGAAGAGGCGGAGUCGCUGUUUGUGCAAGUGAUGGAGAUGAGCAAGAGCAAGCUUGGAGCUGACCAUCCUGACACGCUGACUAGCAUGGACAACCUGGCAUGGACGUAUAGUGAUCAAGAGAGAUGGGAGGAGGCAGAGUCGCUGUUUGUGCAAGUGAUGGAGAUGAGCAAGAGCAAGCUUGGAGCCGGCCAUCUUGACACGCUGGCUAGCAUGGACAACCUGGCGUCGACGUACAGGAAUCAAGGGAAAUGGGACAAGGCGGAGUUGCUGGAGGUGCAAGUGAUGGAGACUCGCAAGAGCAAGCUCGGAGCCGACCAUCCAUCCACGCUGAUCAGCAUGGACAACCUGGCAUUGACGUACAGGAAGCAGGGGAGAUGGGAAGAGGCGGAGUCGCUAUUUGUGCAAGUGAUGGAGACUCGCAAGAGCAAGCUUGGAGCCGACCAUCCUGACACGCUGGCCAGCAUGGACAACCUGGCAUGGACGUACAGUGAUCAAGAGAGAUGGGAAGAGGCGGAGUCGCUGGAGGUGCAAGUGAUGGAGACUCGCAAGAGCAAGCUUGGAGCCGACCAUCUUGACACGCUGGCCAGCAUGGACAACCUGGCGUCGACGUACUUGAAGCAGGGGAGAUGGGACGAGGCAGAGUCGCUGUUGGUGCAAGUGAUGGAGACUCGCAAGAGCAAGCUUGGAGCCGACCAUCCAUCCACGCUAACUUGCAUGGACAUCCUGGCGUUGAUGUACAGGAAGCAGGGGAGAUGGGAAGAGGCGGAGUCACUGUUUGUGCAAGUGAUGGAGACUCGCAAGAGCAAGCUUGGAGCCGACCAUCCAUCCACGCUGACCAGCAUGCAUAACCUUGCAUUUACUUUGAAGAACAGAGGCGAAGUGGAAAAGGCUACGAGGCUGAUACAGGAAUGCGUGGAGAAACGAAAACAAGUCCUAGGUCCUAAUGACCCUUACACGAGGGACUCGGAGGAUGCCCUCAGUAGCUGGCGUAUCGAGGCUUUGGACCUAGGCUCUGACAAUGAGUCCUCCCUAGCUUCAUAA